UCCCCUCUGGUGCCUGGGGGACAGCACCUGGCCCCUGAUCCCGAGUCAGCCACCUCCAGGCCCCUCUUGGGGGUGCCUGAAGACACCGAAUCCGGAACCGACUGAGCUGGACCAGUUCUCAAGCCCGGCUCCAUACCAGAAGCACCUUGGGAGCUUCCUAGAGGCUCACUCUGAUCUAGAACCUCACCCCACAAGCCCCCAGGGGAUUCUCAUGCUCCACCAGGUUUAGAAACCAGUGGUCCAGGGCAUUUCACUCAUUUUUUGGACGGGGACGCUGAGGCCUGGGUGUCCAGGGUCGCACAGGCACGAGCACUCCUGGCUCCCUGUCCAGUGCCCUUUCUCGUGUCCUGUCCCCAGAAACCCCCUUGCAGGCACUGACCUCGUUUCCUAGCCGCUCUGAAUCCUCCCUCGUCCACACGUUUGGAGGUGGGGGAGAGGGCGAAGUCUACAGAAGAUGAAGUUGGGGAACAAACCCCGGGAGAGCCCCCUCUGAGUGGAAUCCUUCAGACACACGCUGCCCUGCAGCGCCAUCUUCUGGCAAAUUCUGGCAUUACUGUCUCCUUCCGUCCAGUUUACAGAGAGGGUCCAGCGCUUGGCUUGGCCUGCCUCGGAGGUUGGGAUGGAGCUGGGAGACGAAUACACAUUCGUCUCAGGGCUUGAGGCUCUGGUGGGGCAGCCAAAGAAUAAAUGGUCUGGUCCAAGGUUAGCUGUUUCACCCGACGCCCAGCCAGCCGGGGCGGCACCAGACUUCACGGUGACGGACGAAGGUUUUCCUGGUGGCUGACCCCCGGGGCGGCAUGCCCAGGAGACGUGCUGGGUGGCCAGCCCCUGGAGGGCAGGCGCUGUGUGGGCAGUCUUUUGUGUUUCCCGGAGGGCCCACAGCAUCACAGCAAGGAGGGAGCUAACGCUUGCUCAACACUCACCACGCGCUCGGAGACUCUGCAUCACGUUGGGCACUCGUCCUUUGCCAUCCGGUCUCACCAUCCCCAUUUCUUAGAUGAAGAAACUGAGGCACAGACAUAAAAGGUGACUUGCUCAAAGCUGCACAGUAAGUUGGAAAAGUAACGCACGUGGAGUGUGUGUUACCUGCCAGCCUCACUGCCGAGGGCUUUGCAGCUCAUCUUUGUGACCCCCGCCCCAUGCACAUCUAUCAGCAGCCCCAUUGUCGAGGUUCAGAAAGGAGAAAUAACUUGUCUGAGGUCGUGCUUCGCUGGUAAGCGGUAGAGCUCGGAUUUGCACCCAGGCAGUCAGGGGUCAGAGCCCAUGCUUGUAACACCACCGUCCGCUCUGCCCACGGCCCGCUGGGCCCUGCUGGCCUCACCUACUGUCUGCGCUCCGUUCCAGGGCUCUAGAGGCCACGGGCAUGAUGCUUCGGGUCCUGGUUGGGGCUUUCCUCCCCGCGAUGCUGCUGGCCGCCCCACCGCCCAUCAACAAGCUGGCACUGUUCCCGGACAAGAGUGCCUGGUGUGAGGCCAAGAACAUCACCCAGAUCGUGGGCCACAGCGGCUGUGAGGCCAAGUCCAUCCAGAACAGGGCCUGCCUAGGACAGUGCUUCAGCUACAGCGUUCCCAACACCUUCCCACAGUCUACGGAGUCCCUGGUUCACUGUGACUCCUGCAUGCCGGCCCAGUCCAUGUGGGAGAUUGUGACCUUGGAGUGCCCCGGCCACGAGGAGGUGCCCAGGGUGGACAAGCUGGUGGAGAAGAUCCUGCACUGUAGCUGCCAGGCAUGUGGCAAGGAGCCUAGUCACGGGCUGAGUGUCUACGUGCAGGGCGAGGACGCGCCGGGCUCCCAGCCGGGCACCCGUCCCCACCCCCACCCUGGAGGGCAGACCCCUGAGCCCGAGGACCCGCCCGGGGCCCCCCACGUGGAGGAAGAGGGGGCUGAGGACUGAGGCCCCAACUCUUCCUCCCCUCUCGUCCCCUGCGGAAUGUUGUGUGUCACCCUUGGGGGAAAGGUGGGGAGAAAGGCUGAAGCCCCCCUUUGGCACUGGACGGACUUGGAUUCAGAUUUGGACUUGGAAUGCUCUCUGGUUGCCGUGGAGAUCCGAGGGGAGGGGUCGGGGGCCAAGCUGCACAAUUUAAUAUAUUCACGAGUGAGGGGAGGGAGCAGUGGAUCUUCAGGGUUCUUUUUCGGAGGGCGGGGGGUUCUCUUCCUUUCUGCCUCCUAGUGAUGUGCCUUUGGGAGGGGGAGGAGGUUGGCCACGCUGCUGAGGUGGGUGCGCGGUCCUCACAGCCCCUAGUGGGGCCCUGAGUCCGGCGGGGGCGGGGGGGGGGCGCCUUGCCAGGAGCAGCCUUGAGGGAGGGGCUGGGUCCAGGCUGGGGGGACCACAGGAGAAGCUGGAGCCCCACAGGCUCCCCCAAAGGCCUCCCGUGCCCAGGGCAGCUGCUCCCAGGUGGCACCGAAGUGGCCCUCCCUCGAUGGCGUGCUUGGGAGUCAGGUCUGGGCAGGACCCUGCUGACUCAUGGCCCUGGAGCUGGGAGCCAGGCUCUCUGGGCCUCUCUGGCUUCCUUGGCUUUCCAGAGGGUGGAGGGAGGCAAGGAAGGAGCCUUCCUCGGCCAGGGAGAGGGGAGGGCUCCCAGACCAUCACCAGAGUGUCCCUCCCUCUCCCUCUCCCUCUCCCACUCCCCCCCCCCCACCCAGUUCCGGGUCCCUCGGAGAGCUGGUGGAGCCAGCCUUUCCCCUCCUGGGGGGUGCUUUCUAAAUAUCUGACGAUGGGGAGGCUCCAAAGAGGGACCUGGGUGGGGUGGACUCUGGCUGAGCCUCAAGAAACUAGGGAGAGGAGGGGGUGGGUCCUUGGUGGCCAGUGUCCCCAUAGCUCUCCAGCAGCUCUCCACCCAUCACCUCCCUCCCAGCUGCACUUUAACCCAGAGGGGGAGUGGGGUCCUGGGGACAGGGCAGGCGGGCAGUGAGGAGUGCCCCUCGGGACCCCUUCCCGCCUGUGUCUGCUCCUCUGACCCCAGGGCGGCUGGUAGCUCCCCCAGCCCCCUGCCUGGGGGUGCCCCCGGCCCUCACGGCUGUUCCGACAAGAGCUUCUGGAGCUUGUAACCAGCAGAUUGUUUCCCUGACGGACCCUGAGUUUUCUCAUGAAUAAAUUUGUUCAAUGCU